AGUAAUCGUUUGCAAAACCAACCCUCACCUAUCACCCACCACUAUUAAAUCAGGUGUAGAAGAAGUAGAACGAGUAGAACAGACAAAAGACCCAAAAAAAACCUUAUCAUGUCCCUAGAUCUCACCCUGGAAUCGAAUGAGGAGAUUCGCUUCCUCAACAAAAUCAGCGGUUUCGUAAGGCAAUUGUACAAGCAAACACACUUCACGGCCCGUGAGCUUGAAAUCGUCCUCCUGCUGUACUACAAGCUUCUCAAGGACGAGCACAACGGAACGGUUCGAAGUGGUGGACAUCCAGCGUCCAGUUGUAUCAGCCGGCAGCAGUUCACGACGGUGUUCGACACGGCGUUCGGCAUGGCCGACAACGUCAUGCUGGGGAGGAUCUUUUCCGCGUUGGACACGGGCGCCACGUCCUACGUUACGAUGGAAACCUGGGUUCAGAUGAUGUCGCUCUUUCUGCGCGGGACAUUCGAGGAGAAGGUCAAGUACUGCUUCCGGGUGUACGACAUCCAGGGAGACGGGAUGAUCCGGCGGGAUCACAUGAUGCUGCUGCUGAGGAGUGCCUUCGUCAAAGCCCAGGACGAGGAAGUGGAGGAAGCGGUCAAGGAUCUGGUGGACAUCAUUCUGCACCGGAUGGAUGUCGAUCGGGACGGAUCGAUAUCGUUUGAGGACUACAGUGAAACGGUCCGAAGGGCGCCGGAAAUGCUGGAGUGCUUCGGGAAGGCUUUGCCCGAUCGCGGGCAUGUCUAUGCUUUUUCGAGGACUUUUCUGGAAAGGGUGCGCAAAUUUUGAGUAAAUAAAAUUUCGUUGUAGGUACGUUUAUAAUAUCUGGUAAACUGUUACGCAU